AUGUCACAGCAAAAUCAAAUGGAAGAACACGUGGGCGUCGUUGUCGUCAUGAUGGUCGUCCUUCUUAUGAUUGGGAUGUUUAUCAAGUGCUGUUGGCGUCGUGCUGAUCCUCGUCGCCCCCAUCCUCGUCCUCACUAUAUGCCGAUUCCACAUCUUCCAGGUAUUUGGGUUGAGCGUGAUCCUGCUUAUGUUCGUGCUCGUGGUGGUCCUAGCCAUAUUCAAACUGGUGGUACGGAAAUAGCGAUUGAUCGAGCUUAUAAAUAA